CGAAACUACCAAGACCCACCAGAGCGUCUGCAGGCAAACAAUAAUUAAAUAAAUGUUUAGCAACAACAGCUAAUACCGAACUUUUGAAGUGAUGAUAUGCGGAUUCGUAUAUCAGCAUUAACGAUAUAAACAGAGACGGGCGCGGUGGACGCAGGUAUCAUUAUAAUAUUAACAAAACGGCUCCUCAAACAAUGUUGUAAGCACAGAUGUGUUUAUUUUAUGUCACAGACACCAGCAUAAUACAGUAAUGUACAAUUCAUAAACGCGAAAUAAUCUCUACAUAUCAAUGGAGCAAGGUCGUUACAGCAAUUUACCAUGGUAAAAACAGUUAAUCCUUCCAAAGCACAUGCAAGUAUACGAUAAAUAAAAGAAAUGUUCGGUAGCCUACUACGCAUAUAAAUGAAAUUUUAUGAUGAGAUAUUUUAGCCUACAGGAUGUUUGUACAUCUGCAAAUGUAUCGUGUUUUAAAAAGGAACUGAGAAAUUGUGGUUAAAAACUCACUCCAGGGAAACAGUUAAGACAUUUUAAAUGCAUAGAAACAUUAAUAUGUUCAUUUACAGAUGACAAGCAUAUGGAAAUGUGUACCGCUUUGGCAGAUUUGUGGUUUUUGGUUUCUUUAGCAGCAGCUGCCCCGUUCCGUGCGUCAUACGCCCUUACGUCUGUACGAGCCAGCGUCGUCUUUGCACAUGCGCACAAUUUCCUACUUCGGUUUUCAAUCUGAUCAAGUGUAUACAUGUCCUAUCAAGCGGAUUACAAACGGGAUAAACCACCCCUUACAAUCCGACUAAAAUUUCAAUCGGAUUGGGCAUUUUUAAUCUGAUUGACGUGUUUAUAUGGAGCGUUUUCGUUCAGAUUGGGUUUUUAAUCAGAUUACAUUGGUCCAUGUAAACGCAGCUACUGUUUAGAAUGGUGAUUUUCUCACGAUUUACAAGUAGUUGGAAACAUUUGAGAUAUUUUAGCAUUGAGGUGGAUGAAGGUAAUGACAAUGAAUUCAACCUGUACUAUGUGGGAGUGGAGGAUCAUUCUGAAGGAGAGAAGGAGCAGCAGGUGAAGCAGGAGGGCAAAAGAAGGAGAGAGAGAAACGGUAAGAUCAGCGGAAGAACAGCUUCAGAGAAGAGAUCAGCAGUGACGAAAAACUCGGAUAAAAGAGAGAAGAAACAUGAUAAACACCAAAAAACAGCAAGAGAGAGAAGAGGGAGUAAGACACACGAAAAAAGGCGUAAAAGAAACAAUGCUGAUGAAGAGGUGGUUGAGGAAGAAUGUAGCAAAGAGAAGAACGUAAAAAAUGAAAGAACCAAGACAUCAAAGCUGGAGGACGAGAAGGAACAAGGUGGGAAGAAAAACAAAAAGAAGAGCGUUAAAACGGAGGAUGUGGAUAGAAAUCAUGGAAAAAUGAAACCUAGAGAUUGUAAUGAUGUGCCUACAAAGGAAAAAACAAAGAACAGAAAGAAGCUUGAGACUAUCUCAGAGCCUGAGUCCAAAUCUGAUUCAGAAUCUGACUUAGAGUCGAGGGAUGACAAAGCAGUAGGAGUUUUGAGUUCUCUGACUCCAGAGGAGCUGGAAAUGUUGAAAGAAGCUAUGGAGGAAAAGAAAAAGCUAAUGGCCACCCUGAGAGGAAAACCCUGGCCCAUGAAGAAAAAAUUAAUCAUUCUCAGGGAGUCACAAGAAUUUUUGGAGAAAUAUGAAGGUGCUCUGGGGAAGGGCAAAGGCAGGAAGCUCUAUGCCUACAAGGUCGUAAUGAUGAAGAAAUGGAUGAAGUUUCAGCGUGACUUUGAGAACUUCAAGACAGCCUGUAUCCCGUGGGAGAUGAAGAUAAAGGAAAUAGAAAGCCAUUUUGGAUCAUCAGUUGCUUCUUACUUCAUAUUUCUGAGGUGGAUGUAUGGCAUCAACAUGAUUUUAUUUGGAUUGACGUUUGGGCUGGUGAUGGUACCAGAGGCUCUAAUGGGGAAACCAUAUGGCACUUUACCCAGAAAAACAGUACCCAGAGAGGAAGAGGCCAGUGCUAUGAAUUUUGCAGUCUUAUGGGACUUUGGAGGCUAUGCUAAGUAUUCUGUCCUUUUCUAUGGUUACUACAACAACCAGCGGGCCAUUGGGUGGCUCAAAUUCCGCAUGCCCCUCUCAUACUUCCUGGUAGGGGUGGGCACAGUGGCAUACAGCUACAUGGUGGUAAUCAGGACUAUGGCACGCAACGCCAACGAAGAAGGUGGCGGCGAUGACACCAUCUUUAAUUUCAGCUGGAAGGCGUUUACUAGUUGGGACUACCUCAUCGGAAACCCUGAGACGGCAGACAACAAGUUUGCUUCCAUCACCACUAGCAUUAAGGAGGCUAUUGUGGAGGACCAAGAGAGCAGAAAAGACGACAACAUCCACCUGACAAGAUUCCUUAGAGUGCUGGCCAACUUCCUGGUGCUCUGCUGUCUGGCAGGGAGUGGCUACUUGAUCUACUUUGUGGUGCGCAGGUCACAGAAGUUUGCUCUGGUGGGACUGGAGAAAUAUGGAUGGUGGGAGAGGAAUGAGGUGAACAUGGUCAUGUCUCUGUUGGGAAUGUUUUGUCCAAUGUUAUUCGAUGUGAUCAGCACUUUAGAGAACUAUCAUCCACGCAUUGCUCUUCAAUGGCAGCUGGGGCGCAUCUUCGCCCUCUUUUUGGGGAACCUUUACACAUUCAUCAUUGCUCUCAUGGAUGCAAUCCAACUAAAGAGGGCAGAGGAGGACAUUGUAAAGACGAAUAUGACAAUCUGGCAGGCUAACCUGUACAACGGGACUGUGCCAGACAACUCGACUGCUCCUCCAAUCACAGUGCACCCUGCUGAUGUUCCCAGAGGACCUUGCUGGGAGACAAUGGUGGGACAGGAGUUUGUCCGUCUCAUUAUUUCUGAUACAAUGACAACUUACAUCACUCUGCUUAUUGGAGAUUUUUUCCGCGCUGUUUUGGUCCGUUUCCUGAACAACUGCUGGUGUUGGGAUCUGGAGUAUGGCUUUCCAUCCUAUUCAGAGUUUGACGUCAGUGGAAAUGUUCUGGGGCUGAUCUUCAAUCAGGGGAUGAUCUGGAUGGGGGCAUUUUAUGCGCCAUGUCUUCCAGCAUUAAAUCUAUUCCGGCUUCAUGUGUCCAUGUACCUGCAGUGCUGGGCGGUGAUGUGCUGUAAUGUGCCACAGGAGCGGGUCUUCAAAGCUUCAGGCUCCAAUAACUUUUACAUGGCCAUGCUGUUGGUCAUCCUCUUCCUUUCUACCCUGCCCGCUAUAUACACAAUUGUCUCCAUUCCGCCAUCGUUUGACUGCGGACCCUUCAGUGGGAAAAGCCGCAUGUUUGAUGUGAUUCAAGAAACUCUGGAGACAGACUUCCCAGCUUGGUUCGGGAUGGUUUUCAGUUAUGCUUCAAACCCUGGACUGGUUUUGCCUUUCCUUCUUCUGUUGGUUCUCGCAUUAUAUUAUCUGCAGUCCACCUCUAAAACAUACAAACGGGUAAACAUGGAGCUGAAAAAGAAGCUUCAAGUACAAAAUGAGGAAAACAAGAAGAAGAACAAACUCGCAGCCCUAAAGGCUGCCAGUGAACUGGAGCAGGCGACGAAUGCUGUAGGAAAACACAGCAACACUGACUCGGAUUUGGGAAUGAAUGAAAACGACAAUAGCUUAAAUGAAACACAGCAGCACAGACAGAAAGGGCAAAAAAGUCGCUAUGUUCACCCAUCACAGGGUCAGCACAAUAAGGACCCCCAUCCCAUCUCUUCCACCCACACAACUACCAGGCCCCCUGCAUCGCGGAGUCGAGCUGUUCCUGGACAUCUCCCAGGGAACCCACAGCAGCCACAGAGAAACUCUCACUCCAACAGGAGAUAAACUGUCUUGUGCAAAAUGCAAUACUAAAUACUUUAAGAAUCUCUGUAAAAUAUUGACCGUUCUUGUCAAUUCUAGUCAACGAGCAAGCUGUUUUUGGUAAACCAAAAAAUUCUUGUUGGUUUAGUCACAACACACAACACACGCGGGUGAACAGAAAAGCUGGUCUUUUCAACAGGGUAUAAGACUACAGCAGUUAAUGUAAAGAUUAGAACCUCCUGCUCCUUUGCUCUGUUUACACUACAUUUACAUUACACUAAUUUGGCACUUAAAUAGCCUUUAUUUCUUGUUGAUGUGAUGAUACUGUUUAAAAUUCUGUGUCCAGUCCCGCAGCACGGCCCGGCCUGUCAUUGUCAUGCAUGUCUUGAGGUUCUGUGACUAUGUUACUAGUCUAGACUGAUAAUACUCUUAUCUCAGUGAAAGAUAAAUUACUUGAUACAGGCUGACUAUACGGCCAAAUAAUUUAUUCAACAUUUUAAUACAAUAAAUAUGUUAUUUCUAUAGACAGCACUAGAAAUAUUUUGGAUUGUUGGUAUGCCAAAUACAAAUUGUAGUAAGUAAAGGUUUUCAUGUGAGCAUGUGUUUUGAGUCACGCUCUCACAGUCUUUCUCAUGCAGCUCUCCUACACCCUCUAUGCAUCUCACCUGUCAUAAGAAGCUCAAAAAUCCAUCAUCAGCCUCCUUGGAAGAUCAUGAGAUUCAAUCAUCAGUUGAUUGACAGCUUGGCUGAGCCCACCAUUAUGCAUCUCCUCUCCGUUUCAUUGUUUCCCCAUUCUCAAAUCCAUGCCGCUUUAUCUUGAUCGGUUUGUCAGGUGACCCACAACAUUUCCAUGCACUGUACUGUAUUAUCAAAUCUGCUCUCAGCUCUAAGGGUGUCUAGUGUCCCGAUCACAGAUUCUUUUCCAGUAGACGCAGAUUUGGCAGCAACAAUGUAUCUGGCAUGCUUGUGCUUCUAUGGGCUAACACAGUUGUGUUUGGGGUUAUCCUGUGUACCAUUUAUUUUAGGGCAUCUGUGUCAGGGCUUCUAGAGGAUUUAAAAAAAUUCUCCAUAAAUUAGAUUAGUUUUUUUGCAGUUUUACAGCCUUAUGAUGUCCCCAUAUCAGUUACGCAAAAUCUUGAUGAUUACUUAUUAGAGAACUGGCAUGUUUCAUUAACAUUGCAGAUGGCCAUCCAUAAUUCACAAGCAAUCUUCAUUAAGUAUUAAUAGGAGUCAUUUGAGAUUUUGUUUAUUUGUUUGUUUGGAGACAUUGUCAAUUGCAGCUACUGAUCUUUUUUAAUUUGCUUACCGAAGGAAGGUUCACGUUAAGUUAAAACAUCAAAAUAAU